CGCUGCCGCACCACGUGGCAGAAGGUUAACCUCGUGGUGAAGCUAUCGGCAACCCAUUACAGCGGACACGAGGCGCGCGGCCAUACAAUGGCCGAGAGCGAGCCCUCUCGUUCCACCUGGGUGGCCUCUACGUCGGUCGCCUUGUGACCCUUGUCGCAAAACCCGUUGCUUUCCAAGUUCAACCGCCCGCUUGGCCCGCGAAACGAAUGCACUCACUUUCGAUUUCGCCACCUCGAGCACAGCAUGGCGUUCCUCACGAUCGAAGAUCUCAAGACGUGCUUCUCGCUCUUCUGCGUCGCCUUUGGCAUCGGCUCGCUUGGUAUGCCGGGCAACUACGCCCGCGCCGGCUACGUCUGGGCCUCGAUCGCGCUCGUCUUCAUGGCCGCCAUCAACAUGUACGCCUCGGUGUGCAUGUCCAAGGUCAUGCUCGUCGCGCCCAAGGGCGUCCAGACGCUCGGUGACAUUGGCGAGUGGAUCUUUGGCCGCACUGGUCGCUGGGUCACGGUCAUUGCCCACAUGCUCGUCUGCGUCAUGGUGCCGAUCGUGUUCUUGGUGCUCGGUGGCGGCCUCCUCUCGGUCUUGUUCCCCGACUCGUACGCCGAUUCGACGUGGAUCGCGCUCAUGGGCAUCUCGCUUCUCCCGGUGUGCCUCAUCCCGACGCUCAAGGACGGUGCUGGCACCGCGGCGGCCGGUGCGCUCGGCACAAUCCUCGCGGAUGUGAUUGCGCUCUACAUUCUGAUCGACAACACGACGCCGAUGCCGUCGGGCAUGUCGCCGCCGUCGCCCGCGCUCAGCUUUGGCGGUGUCACGACCGUCUUUGGCAACCUCUCGCUCGCCUUUGGCUGCGGCACGAUUAUUCCGUCGCUUCAGCUCGAGCAUUCACAGCCCGAGCGCAUGCCGCGCGUGAUCAAGUGCACGAUCGGCCUCACUGCCGUCCUCUUCCUCCUCAUCUCGAUCUGCGGCGACUUUACCAUGGGCUGCCAAAUCCCCGGCAACCUCCUCUUUGCGAUCGUCGGCGACAGCCUCGGCUUCACCGCGUCGCGCGGCGGUGUCAUUCUCGCCUUCCUCCUCAUGCAGCUCCACAUUACGAUCGCAUUUGCGCUCGUGCUCUUCCCGGCCAUGUUCAUCGCCGAGCGUCUCUUCCUCGGCCUCCACAAGGAGCAGUUUGCGCUCAACGAGGAAAACUACGCGGACGCAGAGACGCCCGCGCCCAAGGAAGACGAUGCUGACGUCGCGCCUGUGAAGGACGUCGCCCAUCGCGACCCCGCCGACGCGUACAAGGCCCCGGGUGCGUACCUCAAGGCAGCGGCGCUCCGCACCGUCAUGGUCGUUCUCUGUGUCAUCAUUGCGAUCGUCUUCAAGGACAAGUUCAGCGACCUCUUGGAUUUCGUUGGCGCGUCGGCCACGUCGCUUUGCUGCGCGAUUUUGCCGAUUACGUUUUACCUCCGCACGUUCUUCCACUCGCUCUCAAAGCUCGAGAAGGGUUUUGCGAUCUUCUCGAUCUUGAUCAUGUCGGCGCUCGCUAUCUACGUGACGAUCCACACGGGCAAGGCGCUCUUCUCGCCGUCGCACUCGAGCAUCAAGUUUCCGUUCUGCGAACCCGAGUUCCAGGACAUGGUGUACACCAACCGGACGUACUACAAGUAUUAGACGACGACCGGCGAAACGUAAUUGUUGGCGUCGCGUAGUAACUAGAAUCAUAAAUUGUGUUGUGAAUGUGUCAA